GUUAGUUGCUUAUCUUUUUGUGGGUUUGCUUACAGAUGGAUUCUGAAGGUGAGGAGCAAACCUUGAAAACGUGCAACAGUAGCACGGGACUGGCUGAUAACGUCACUGAAACGCAAAGCCCAUAUGGGACCGUGGCGAGGAAGAGGAGCGCUCAGGAUGGGGUGCAGGGUGCCCCAGUCAAUAAGAGAAAGUCCCUGCUGAUGAAGCCCCGCCACUACAGCCCCAGCGAGGCAUGUGAAGAGGAGAGCGAGGACCUGGCACCGCCACAGGACAAAGAAGAGCUGAGGAACAUUGACACUCCAGCAGAUGGAAACUUUAAAGCAGUCAAUGGCGUGGGCAACAAAAGCAGCUGCUCUGAUGUCGCGUUACAGUCCCACGGUUUACUGGGAUGGCCCGAAGUCACGUCUAACGGAUCUCCGCAGUGUGAGCCGGACACGUCCGGACAUCUGAUGGUGGAAGAUGAUGAAGAGAUUCUUACUAAUGAAGAAGAGGACCAAAGUCUAGACAGGAUGAGCGGUGCAUCAACGCCACAGAGCCCAUACGGAGACAUGAGGGAAGCCGAGUGGGAGCCUCUGUCUCUAUCUGCCAAGGACAAUAGCUCAAACUGCAGCCCGUCCAGAGCUUCUGAACACCCUUUAGGCAGGAACAGCCACGUGAAAGAGCUAGUUUCAGAAUUAGGUGUUCCAAUAGGUAGAGGAAGUGUUUUUCAAGGUGAAGCUUUAAGGUACAGACUUCUCCCCACUGAGGAGGACAGCGAGGGGGAGGCAGAGGUGGAGCGGCUGCCUCGGAUAGAUGGCUGGGCGAUGGGCCUCCACGAGAGAGGCCUCGAUAUGAGUCGAGGGAGAGUGAACCUGAGCCUGCUGGAGGCCAUCGCUCUGCAGACAGAGCAGAGGCAGGUUCUGCACCAUGCCUACAGAGAAAUGGACCGGUUCCUCCUGGAGCAGAUGACCAAUGAGAGACGACACCAAAGGAUGAUGGACAUGGACAACAGACUCAGCUACAACGGAGGGAAAGAUUCUCCACGGAUGGAUAAAAAAGAUAUAAAGUGUCCAACUCCUGGCUGUGAUGGCACCGGUCAUGUAACGGGCCUGUACCCGCAUCACAGGAGUUUGUCUGGGUGUCCUCACAAAGUCCGAGUUCCCCCAGAGAUUCUGGCCAUGCAUGAAAACGUCCUCAAGUGUCCUACACCUGGGUGCACGGGACGAGGCCAUGUCAACAGCAACCGCAGCACCCACCGGAGUCUCUCUGGCUGCCCCAUCGCCGCCGCAGUGAAAGUCUCCAAACCUCAAGACGAGAGCCUGAAAUGCAGACAAACACCUGAGCGCUCACCAAGGACCAUCAGCCUGAUGAAGAAAAUUGAAAUGAACCAGCUGAACUACAGGUUCUCUCAUCCAGUAGCAGCUUUGCAAAAUGGCCUCGUGAAAGACGUGGACAAGUUCAGCAGAAUUCGCUUCGACUACGCCAGCUUUGACGCGCAGGUCUUCGGUAAACAGCCACUGCUGGGAGCCAACCAGGACCAGGAUAUGUCCCAAUACCCUGACUCACCUCAGCAGUAUCCUGGCGUCCUUGGAGCUCCAGGUGGCCGCCUGCCCAUCUCCGGUCAGCACAGCCCGCCGAGUCAAUUCAAGAAAGAAGACGGUCUCCAGGCCGCGGCAGCGACAGCCGCCAUUCUUAACCUCUCCACCCGCUACCGGAAGAACAUGGAGACUAUCAGCGGCCAGCCCUUGGCAUCCUCCACAAAGGAUAUGCUCAUAGAGGUGGAUGAAAAUGGCACUUUGGACCUGAGCAUGAAGAAGUGUAAGGAGAACGGAAAAGCCCCGACCAGGACGCCCCCCGUCGACCCGCUGUCUCCUCCUGAGCCCACCGUGGCGAAAGGUGGGAGCGUGCUAAUCAGCCCCGCCUUCUACCAGCCGCUGUGUGACAGAGAGAGCUGGGAGAACGCCAUCCCAGUCAACUUCAGCAAAGUACACAUUUUACAGGACAAAGAGGAGGAUUAUGAUCAGGUGUCCCUGGAGGACCAACACUAUCCAGGAGACGGCAGUAUGUUAAGCCCCAAAGCCAAGCUGCUGUUACGAGACUCAAAGAAAGAGCUUCUGAGCUGUCCGACCCCGGGCUGUGACGGCAGUGGCCACGUGACGGGGAAUUACGCAUCGCAUCGGAGUGUGUCUGGAUGUCCCCUGGCUGACAAAACACUCAAAUCACUGAUGGCAGCCAACUCUCAGGAACUAAAGUGCCCAACACCUGGUUGUGAUGGAUCUGGACAUGUGACUGGGAACUAUGCUUCGCACAGAAGCUUGUCAGGGUGUCCACGCGCCAGGAAGGGAGGCUUGAAGCUCACACCAAACAAGGAUGACAAAGAGGAGCAGGAGCUUAAGUGUCCAGUAAUCGGAUGUGAUGGACAGGGCCAUAUAUCGGGAAAAUACACAUCCCACCGCAGCGCAGGCAGUUGUCCACUUGCUGCCAAAAGACAGAAGGAGUCGUCUAUGAAUGGGCUGCCCUUUGCCUGGAAGGCCACUAAGCAGGAGCUGCCCCAUUGUCCCCUGCCUGGCUGCAAUGGUCUCGGCCAUGCCAAUAAUGUAUUUGCCACUCAUCGAAGCUUGUCAGGUUGCCCGCUGAAUGCACUGAGCAUCAAGAAAAAACACUCGGAGGAGGAGAUGAUGACUAUCAAACUAAAAGCCAGCAGUGGUGUUGAAAGCAAAGAGGACAUUCAACAUCUGGAUCACGAAAUCAUGGAGCUGAAUGAUUCCAACAUGAAAAUAGAAGAAGACAUGAUGCAACUGCAAACCCAGAUCUCGUCAAUGGAAUGUAACCUAAAGACAAUUGAGGAGGAAAACAAGAUGAUCGAGCAGCACAACGACAGCCUUCUGAAGGAGCUCGCUCGCCUCAGCCAAGCUCUCAUUAACAGUCUGACAGACAUCCAGCUGCCUCAAAUGGGACCCAUCAGCGAGCAUAAUUUUGAAGCCUAUGUGAACACAUUAACUGAUAUGUACAACAACUCGGAGCACGAAUACUCCCCAGAGUGCAAGGCCCUCUUGGAUAAUAUCAAACAGGCUAUUAAGGGCAUCCAUGUUUAAGCUGUCGAGCUACCAAGAGGCUUCUUUGACUUGGGAUGAUGGCACUAGAUAGCUCUGAUUCACUGAAGAGUGCUGGCUCGGCUGCGUGUAUAAGGCGAGGCAUUUUGGAAAUGUGUUCGGCAUUUCCCCGUAA